GGUUGGAGUCCCAGGAUAGAGUUCCAUGGCAUGUAUUUUCCGCAUAUUGUAUUAUACAGUUGUUAAUUGUGAUAUUUUCUAAGUAGUGUAAAAGAAUUUGAAAAAUAAUUAUUUUCUAUGUCAAGCAGUACAGCGGGACAUGAUAUAACAAACAAAAAAUAAUACAAAAUCUAAACUGAAUCGUUAGAAUACAUUAAUUGUUUUUUUACUAAUAAUUGGAACUUAGCACAAUAUCAUUUAGAUAGUAAUUUUGAAUUUACGAAUAUUUUUACAUCAUUACUAGACUUUGCGUCAUUACGAAUGGAAUGCGCAGCUCUUAGGCUGAUAUUUCACGUGUCGUACGAAAAGCUUUUUGGAUACGUUCAUUGGUUGACGAACAGAGAACCUAGAAAUACUCUAUUCGCCAACCAAUAAACGUAUCCGAAAAGCUUGUCGUACGACACGUGAAAUAGUACCCUUAUACAAGACACACAUACUUUGGUCCAUAUUCUCAACUCACUUUUAUCGAUAAAAGUGCCUCUAAAAGUGGCUUAAAAGCCACCUGAUUGGCUCAGAAGCCAUAUUUAAGAUACUUUUCGAUAAAAAUGAGUUAAAAAUAUGGACCAUAAAUUUUUUGUUUAAAAUGUCGAGCAAUAAGCGAUGCGUUAUCUGAGAAGCGCAUUGUAAAGUUAUGCAAUAAAAUGAGACGAUUUUAUUGAUUUAACUCGUGACUACGGAUGACGCGCUAAGGGAAGUCAGCUAUAUAAAUAGUGGGAAUUCAGCCAUAUAAAGUUAUAUUGUCGAGUGGGAAAUUGUAACACACAUCGAUGUUAUUUGGUGUUUACUGGAAAGUGAGUUAAUUCUUACGUUUCUCGAACUUCUUUUAUUUAUAACUUUUUAAUAAACAGUGAUUGCCGGCUAAAACUGUUUAAAGACUACUCAGGAUAUUAGCCUUGACGUAUCAAGCUCAUCGACGAAGUAGCUCCAAUUCUUGCUAAAAAAAAAUAUAAAUUUUCUAAUAAUGAAUAUUUUAAGAACAAUCGUUGCGAGGCGAGUGUGUCUCAAGCGAUUUUACACGACCGAUAUGCAACUUAUCAAAACCACACGAGAUAAUAAUACAGGGAUUGAUGUCAUAUCCUUAGCAAAUGCACCAGUUAACGUAUGGGACGUUCAAAUGUGUAAUGAACUAAAGACAUCUUUAUUGAACGCUCGGAAUAAUGGCAGCAAAGGCAUUAUACUUACAUCGUCGUUGAACGUGUUUUCGGCGGGAGGAGACCUCAAGAUGGGUUACGAUAUCAAUAAAAGAAAAUUUAUAGCUGAGUUUUGGCGUAGCCUGCAGGACGCUUGGUUGACUCUUUACAGUAUAGAAAUUCCGAUCGCAACCGCUAUUAAUGGCUCCAGCUAUGGCGUCGGCUGUUUGAUGGCGAUAUCUACGGAGUACAGAGUUUUUGUUAAAGGACAACAUAAGAUUGGAAUCACUGACACACGAGUAGGUUUAUACGUUCCAAAGUGGUUCCAACAUCCAUUUAUUUCAUUGACAGGCUAUCGACAGGCCGAGAUUGCACUUUUAAGGAGCUCAACAUUUAAACCAGAAGAGGCAUUGAAAAUAGGUCUUGUGAACGAACUUGCUGUUGAUAAAGCCGAUGCGAUAGAAAAAUGUAAAAAUUAUAUAUUAUCUUACGACGAUAUAUCAACCAUUAGCAGGAAGGUAACCAAAUUGGACCUACGAGGAAAAAUAAUCCAAUGGCUUGAGGAAAAUAGAGAAGCUGACAUUGAGAAAUUAGUGAAAUAUUUGAUGUUGCCAGAAGUACAAGAUAACUGUAAACGUCACAUAGAAUCUUUAAAACGGAAAGAGUAAUAUUUCGAUAAAAAGAUA